AUGUUACCUUCGGGACAAAUUCUGAACUUUAUCACUGAUCAUUUUAAUGAAAAUCCGAAAAAAUUAUGUCUCCCAAGAGAACUCCAAAAAAUUGCCAAUGGAAUCAUAGAUAUAUUACAUGGCGCUGAUGUUGAUGAAAUUACAGUUGAAGCCGAGGAAAUUUUGGAACAAGUCGAAGAUGAAGCUCCGGAUUCAGGUGGGUUUAUCCAAAGAUUUUUACCCAAAAUUUUGACAAAAAUUCCAGAUUGGGAUCCGCUUACUCCUGAUGUUUUUGAUCAGAAUUUGGGAACUUGUGCAUCAAUGGUCAGAUUUGGAGAAAAGUUAGUGAAUGUUGCGCAAGUUCAAAAGGCGGUUGAUUUUUAUUUUGGAAAAACAAAAACCAAUAAUAAUGGAAGUAUCAAGAAACCUAGCCUGGAAACGAUGAAGAAAAACUUCCGCUUCAUAUCAAGUGGGAAUCAUCUGGAUAAACUUCGAGAAUUUCAACGACUCGGUAAAUUUUUUAUUGAAUUUUUAUUUCUGACAAAAGUAUUUUCAAGGUGAAAUUCGAACGGAUAGACGGAAUGAUCUUCAUUUCAUAUCGAAGAAACUUCUGAAAAUUGUUAGAGAAUUAAUGGAGUCUGGAAAUGUUCUCCAUGAUCGGGAUCUUCAAAACAUGGCGCAUAAAAUUAAAAAGAACCACGGAAUUCAAGCCGAUUUCAAAUUCGGUCUUGGUUGGAUUAAUUGUUGGAAACGAGCAAACCGAAUUUCUUCACGAAGAAUUACAAAAUUCGUUGCAGAAAGAAGGCAUUUGAAUCGGGAUCAACUUGAAAAAAAUUCGGAAGAUUUUGUCAGAACAGCGGUCAACAAAAUGAGUAAUUAUACAAAAAAACAAGUCGUAAAUAUGGACCAAAGUGGUUUUCAACUGGAAAUGUAUGGGAAACGAACAUUGGCUGAAACAGGUUUAAAAAAAGUUGAAGUCGUUGUCAAAUCACUUUCAGCAACGACACACAGUUGCACAAUUCUUCCAAUUCUGACAGCUGACGGCGACUUCUUCCCAUUUUUGUUCGUGGUUCUCCAAGAACAAGGCGGUAAAUUUCCCUUGAAGGGACAUUUCAACGCCUACAAUUUGAUUGUUCGAGCCCAUACCUCCCAUAUUAUGACAAAAAAGCUGAUGAUCGAAUUUUUCAAGCACUGCGUCUUUGUUCCGGGGUCUCCCGACAAAUUCCUUUUUUAUCAUUGAUUCGUGGACAAGUUGGAGAGAUACUGAUGCUAUAAAUAGUGUGAAACCAGCAAACAAACAGUUCGAGACUUUGGUUAUCCCUGCUGGAUGCACAGGCAAAAUUCAGCCACUUGAUGUUGGAAUUUUUUUCCACUUCAAAAAAAUCCAGAAAGAAUUCAUUGCUUUUGCGCAGCGAGAAUGCCCAGAUUUCAUUCCACAUCGUAGAGAUAAUUUGUUGAAGGUGAAAAAAUGCGAUGUUCAAUCAACUUGAAUCAAUAGUUUUUUCCCAGGUCCUGUCUUUGAUCUACAGUCAGUUGUCCCAUCCAAUCCUCCGUCAAUGGCGUCUUUAUGCGUGGCAUGCUGGUGGUUAUGAAACUAAUCAUCCGGCUCAUUUCGAAACGCCUUUCAAUCUUCUUUUCCCAAUGGAUGUUAAUCAAACUUGCUAUAUAAAUGGGUGCACAAAUUCCACUUUCAUUAAGUGUUUAUAUUGUGAUCAAUUCUAUUGUUUCCAUGAUUUUGUUGUUUGUUAUCAUAAAUGCAUUUGA